CUCUCUUCUCUCUCUCAACUUUCUUUCCGUAAGUCAUCAAACUCUCAAUUUUUUUGGUAUAUUCCACUCUCUCUUUCUCUUCAAUCUCCUGAGAAGCUAAGUUUAGUGCCAUAUAGUUGUGGAAAGUUGAAAGUUGAAACCCCUUCAUGGUUGCUGAAGUUCAUUCAAUAAUCACCUAAGUGAGUCUAAUAAUAAUUAAUGCUAUUGAAGCUAUAGGUUUGUGUUCAUUUACAGCAUUUGGAGGAAGCAAAAGGGUUGGUAGCUGAAAUUCACACUCACAGCAGCAAGACUUUGCCUUAAAAUAAAGAAUCAAGCGUUUCGUGAAUUGGAUUCUCUGCAAAUCAGGAUCUGCUGCUUCAGGGCUUCACUGUUUGUCUUGUAGCUUCUUCUGGAGGUUUCUAUGGAGAGUAGUGGCAAGAUGGAAGACUAUGAAGUGAUCCAGCAAAUUGGAAGAGGAGCACUUGGUGCAACUUUUCUUGUUCUACACAAGAUUGAGAAUAAGAGGUAUGUGCUGAAGAAAAUUCGCUUGGCCAAGCAAGCAGACAAGUCCAAAGUGACAGCACAACAAGAGAUGGACCUAAUAGCAAAACUACAUUACCCAUAUAUUGUGGAGUACAAAGAUGCUUGGGUGGAGAAGGAUGACUACAUAUGCAUUAUAACUGGCUAUUGUGAAGGAGGUGACAUGGCUGCAAAUAUAAAGAAAGCUCGGGGAUCUUAUUUUUCAGAGGAGAAAGUUUGCAAGUGGUUGACUCAGUUGUUACUGGCUGUGGACUACCUUCACUCCAAUCGGGUACUCCAUAGAGAUAUCAAGUGUUCCAACAUAUUCCUUACCAAAGAAAAUAACAUUCGGCUAGGUGAAUUUGGACUUGCAAAGCUUCUUAAUACUGAAGACCUUACUUCCCCGGUUGUUGGAACUCUAAACUACAUGUGUCCUGAGGCCUUUGCUGGUAUGCCUUAUGGUUAUAAAUCUGAUAUGUGGUCACUCGGUUGCUGCAUGUUUGAAAUUGUUGCACAUCAACCGGCAUUUCGUGCUCCAGACAGGGCUGGACUUAUCAAUAAAAUAAAUAGAUCAUCCAUAUCUCCACUGCCAAUUGUUUACUCUUCCACACUGAAACAACUUAUCAAGAGCAUGCUGAGGAAAAACCCAGAACAUAGACCAACAGCAUCUGAAUUAUUAAAGAAUCCUCAUUUACAACCUUAUGUUCUACGCUGUCGUAAUGCAUCAUCUAUUUUUCUACCAGUACAUCUUAUAAAUAGUAACUCAAAGGAUAAAACAAAAACCAAAUCUAGUAGUGGUAGCAAAGACCAUUGGGAAAGGGAGGCAGCAUUGGCUGGAUUGGUAAAUCGUUUGGAUCGACUUUAUCCAUUAGAGGGAAAUGGAGAUGUACAGUCACGGAAUUGGCAUAAUGAUGGCAAGCUAGCAGUGUCAACCAGUGCAGAAGACAACCUUGAGACUAAAAUGGUUGAUUUGACCAGCUAUACUGUGGAGUUUUCUACUAGUAUUAGCGGCUCGAAAGAUGGAUCAACAACAUCUGAAUCAACUGUCUGCAGUGUGUGCAAGGAAGGAGACUCUAAAAAUAGACUUACAAGGGACACAGCUGACAGUGAGAUCACUUCAAAGAGUACAAUGGAUUCUGGGCUUGAAGAACAAGGACUUGAUUGUCACAAGUCAUAUGCAAUUGACAUAAAUACGGUGAUUAAUAAAGUUGAAGAUACUUUUUCCAAUGAAGAUUUCAAUACAGAUGAAGCACUUAGUGAAGGUGUCAAACCUGAGGACUCCAGUAAAUCAAUAAUGUCCAGUGAAGACAGCAACGGUAAUGAUAAAGAUGAGUUAAUUGAUGAGAUCACAUCAAAGAGUACUCUAGAUUCUGUGCAUGAAAAACAAGGAUUUACAGCUGAACAUUUUCAGAAGUCAGAUGUGAUUGACACAAGUGCAGUGUCUACAAAGAUUGAAGAUAAUUUUUUCAGUGAAGAUAGAACAGAAGCAGAGAGGGAAAAUGCCAAACCUGAGGACUCCAGAAAAUCAAUAGUGUCAAGUGAAAACAGCGAUGUUAAGGAUAAUGAGGGAUCCAUUAAUGAGAUCACUUCAACGAGUAUGCUAGAUUCUGUGCAUGAAGAACAAGGAUUUACAGCUGAACAUUUUCCGAAGUCAGAUGGGAUUGACACAAAUGCAGUGGCUAUAAAAGUUGAGGAUAAUUUUUCCAAUGAAGGUUUUGACCAAACAGAAACAGAGAGGGAAAAUGCCAAACCUGAUGACUCCCGAAAAUCAGUAGUUUCCAGUGAAAACAGUGAUGGUAAUGAUAACGAUGGGUCCAUUGAUGAGAACACAUUAAAGAGUACGCUCAAUUCUGUGCAUGAAGAACACGAAUUUACCGCUGAACAUUUUCUGAAGUCAGAUGUGAUUGACCCAAAUGCAGUGGCUUCAAAAGUUGAAGAUAAUUUUUCCAAUGAAGGUUUUGACCAAACUGAAACAGAGAGGGAAAAUGCCAAACCUGAUGACUCCAGAAAAUCAAUAGUGUCCAGUGAAAACAGCGACGGUAAUGAUAUUGUUGCUGUUGAUGAGACCACAUUAAAGAGUAUGCUCAAUUAUGUGCAUGAAGAGCGAGGGUUUACAGCUGAACUUGUUCAAAAGUCAGAUGUUGAAAUAAAUGCAGCGGCUUCAAAAGUUGAAGACAAAUUUUCUAAUGAAGGAUUUGAUAAGGCUGAAGCACAGAGGGAAGAUGCCAAACUUGAGAGCUCUAGUAAAUCAAUAAUUUCCUGUGAAAACAGAAACGAUAAUGAUGACUAUGGAUCUGGCUAUGAGAUCACAUCAAACAGUAUGCUAGAUUCUGUAGGUGAAGAAAAAAGACUUCCUGCUGAACUCUUUCAGAAGUCUGAUGCAAUUGACAUAAAUGCAGUGACUACAGAAGAUGAAGAUAAACUUUCCAAAGAAGGUUUUGAUAGAGCUGAAACACAAGAGAAAGAUGAUAAACCUGAGGACUCCAGUAACUCAUUGUCUAGUGAAGACAGCAACAGCAACGAUAAAGAGGGGUCCAUUGAUGAGGAAAGGUCAUCACCAAUUGCACAUGCGGUUAAGGUUGAGCAUGACACUGACACUGGAAACAGCUUGAAGGAAAAUGAAAACCCUAAAGUGUUGACAGAAGACUCAUGCAUGGACAGCUUGGCUUCUGAGAGUAAUGAAAUGCGUCCAGGUAAGGAUGAAGGCCAAGCAGAUACACACACAAUCAGUUGUUCAACGCAUAAAGAAGUUGACAAUGCUGUCGUGGCUGAUAAGCCACCAAAUGGCGUUUCAUUAAGGACACGCAUAUCAAGAGGUGGUGAUAAUACUUGCCAUCAAAGAGCUGAUGCUCUGGAAUCUCUGCUCGAGUUAUGUGCGCAGCUACUUCAGCAAGGAAAGCUUGAAGAGCUUGCUGCUGUGCUGAGACCAUUUGGAGAAGAUGCUGUAUCUGUAUCAUCCAGAGAAACAGCAAUAUGGCUUACAAAAAGCCUGGUGGCCUCACAAAAUCUUAAUCCUGAGAUAUAGUUUGAGAGUGUGGUGCCCCUCAUUAUUUAUACAUUAUUGUAAGAAAAUUGUGUAUUUCCAAAUGAUACAUGAAGAUUGUUCCUUUGAAACUUCUGCUUGGUUGAAGAUUGGAGGCUGGAAAAUAACAUCCGAUAAAUCCUUUGCUGUUAGAGAGGUGUUUUGUAAAUGGGUUAAAUUGAUAUUCGUUGGUGUUUUUCUGUAAGAUAUGGCCAUUGAUUGCAUGAAUAUUGAUAUCGUCAUAGUCCCCCUCCCCUCUCAAACUUGGAAACAUAAGGCCUUGAGCUUAAUUUAUUUGGUGAACUUAUUGUUUAUAAAAUAUCUUGAUUUAGUUGACCUGAUUAA